AUGGCCGCCAACAUCAGCCACAGACACUUCCGCGAGCUGGUCGCCGCCCGCCGCAUCAUCUUCGCGGACGACCGCGUCGCCCUGGUGGAGGCCCGUUUCGAAGACUCAAGGAACGAGCCGGACCGGAAGGUGUUCUGGACGGACGCCUCCGCCAGAGGCGACGGGUCGGUCGGCAUCGCCGUCGUGUGGAGGAAGGACUUCGCCGAAGAUCUGGCGCCGUUUGCCGCCGCGGGGGAGCAGGAGUGGACGGAGCGCUACCUCGUCAGUAGCAGCUGCACCGAGUCGAGCGAGGGGGAGAAAGAGGCCGUCUUCGCGGCCCUGGAUGGGGCAGAGGCCAUGUUCGCGCCGGGCGCCGUCGGCGACAUCGUCGUCUACACCGACGCCGGCCUGGGGGCCUUUAAGAACCCGGGCACCAGCGGCGGCACCGUGUUGAACCGCCUCGGCGGCUUCGGGACCAGGGCGGCCAUCCGCGCCGCAGAGCUCGCCGACAAGGGCUUCACGGUCGAGCUGAAGGCCUGCCCGGGCCACUGCGGCAUCUUGGGCAACGAACUUGCCGACUUCUGGGCCAGGAGGGCCAUCGGCUACGAUCGCCCUACUUACAGCGACGGGUCGGAUUGGCUGAGGGCCCAUGCCGCAGUGGCCCAGCGCGAGGAGCGGAGGAGGGCCUUAGAAAUCCAACACGAGCGCUGGAGGAGCCAGGAGUGGCUGGCUCGUUACAGAGUCAGCGGCAGCACCACCACCACCACCACCACCACCACCACCACCACCACUCCCAUGGCGGCCGCCACCCCCGCCAUCACUAUAGUAGCCGCUCCCGCCCUUUCAGCCGAGGAGCAGCUCGAGGCCGAUCUGGCCGAGCUCGAGGCCUUCAUGGCCGAGAGUGAAUGA